GAUUAAUGUACAGAAAUAAUGGAAAUUACUAUAUUUGUGAAGUCGUUUUGUUUGUCUCUGUCCAUGUCUUCGAGUCUUCCUCUAUAUAUAUUGGUCUCCAUUAUAGUUUAUUUUUGGAAUAUACAGAGUUAUAAUUAUUUAUCUAGUGAAUGAGCGAAUAAAAAUAUCACUAAAACGGCUUGUGGAUUUUUUCCGGGAUUACGGUUGCCGGAUUCCUGAUUUUUCUCUCGGGAAAAUUUGGGUUUUCGGCGUUUGAUUUGGCUUACAGGGGGUUUGAUUUUUAUCAUAAUUUAAGGGUUUAAACAGGAUUUGAUUGAACAUUUGGGGCUAAAGUGUUUUAUUAGAGGUUGAUUCUAGAAAAUUUGGAGGGGUUAAUCAUGUCUGAUGGUUAUUACAGUUCGAAGAAGACUGAUGAUAUAUGUGAAGAUGUUUGUGGCCAGGCCUCCCGUCUGGCUUUGAGCAUGUCAAGACUGAAGUGUAUUCUGCGAGGACUGGAUUUGAAGACACUUGUAUUCUUAUUUGUUGUGGUUCCGUUAGGAAUAUUUGGAUUGUAUUUGCAUGGCCAGAAGAUAUCGUAUUUUCUGAGACCACUAUGGGAAUCUCCUCCAAAGCGGUUCCAGAUAAUUCCUCAUUACUAUCAUGAGAAUGUGUCGAUGGAGACACUGUGCAGGCUUCAUGGGUGGGGUAUUCGUGAAUCACCAAGAAGAGUUUUUGAUGCAGUUCUAUUCAGUAAUGAGGUAGACAUUCUUACUAUUCGAUGGAAGGAACUGUAUCCUUACAUAACCCAGUUUGUACUUCUUGAAUCAAAUUCAACAUUUACUGGCCUGCCAAAACCAUUACUCUUUGCUAGUAACCGGGACAAGUUCAAAUUUAUAGAGCCUCGAUUGACUUAUGGCACAAUUGGGGGUAGAUUUAGGAAAGGCGAAAACCCUUUUGUGGAAGAGGCAUAUCAAAGAGUAGCCCUGGAUCAGCUUAUCAGAAUAGCGGGUAUAGAAGAUGAUGACUUGUUGAUUAUGUCUGAUGUUGAUGAGAUUCCUAGUGCCCACACAAUUAAUCUCUUGAGGUGGUGUGAUGACGCCCCACCUAUACUUCAUCUUCAGCUGAGAAAUUACUUGUACUCUUUUGAGUAUUUUGUAGAUAACAAGAGCUGGCGAGCUUCAGUUCACAAAUACCGGGCAGGGAAAACUAGAUAUGCCCAUUUUCGUCAGGCAGAUGUUCUCCUGUCAGAUUCAGGUUGGCAUUGCAGCUUUUGUUUUCGCUACAUCAGUGACUUCAUAUUUAAGAUGAAAGCUUACAGCCAUUACGAUCGUGUAAGGUUCUCUCAUUACUUGAACCCCAAAAGGGUUCAGGAUGUGAUUUGUAAAGGGGCUAAUCUGUUUGACAUGCUUCCUGAGGAAUACACCUUUAAGGAGAUAAUAGGGAAGAUGGGUCCUAUCCCUCGUUCUUACUCAGCAGUUCAUCUUCCUGCAUAUUUAUUGAAUAAUGCUGACAAGUACAAAUAUCUCUUGCCUGGUAACUGCCAGAGAGAACGUGGCUGAACUUCUGAAGUUGCUUGGAAAAUGCGACAUAUUUGUAUAUUUCAGAGAUGUUUUUUGUGCUUCACACCAAAAAGUGCUGUAUUAGACAGUCGAUGGUGAUGGUGUGGCAUUGGUACAGGUCUAACUUGUGUCCAACAAAUCCAUGUCAUUCUUUUAGAGAGAUGGUGGGAUGAACUUGAUGGGUUCUUGAAGUACGAUUGGAAACUGUGUAUUCCUUGUUUCUCGAUUUGCAUUUCUUCCAUAUCUGAGGCAUGUCGUCCAAUUUUUCCAAUGGAUAGCUAGCUUAUUGCGAAGGGACUGGCUUUUUAUGGCUUGGGUAGACAUGCAUUUUCCUCCUCUUGUUGGUAGCUUAUUAACCUCCUGAAUUGCAUGCGAGUAAAAUUGACAAUUCUCCCAGGUUUUCUCCUUGAUGGGAAUUUUGGCUUCUCGUUAAUUUGUUUUAUCUUCUUGUUCAUUUACUAGUUUAUUUGUAUUUGGCUGAUUUCUGUUAGUUCUUCCAUUGAACAAAUUGCUGAUUUACUGAUUUUAGAUAUCAAUGCAGAUCAUCAUGUAUUUUUCAGUUUC